CUCUUCCUUAGAGGUCCGUAAACAAUUUUUUUAAUACGCCUCUCUCUCUCUCUCUCUCUCCUCUCGAAAGUCCCCCCCCCCCCCCCCUUAUUUUCAUGGCAUCACUGUAUGAGUCAAUCAUGAGUUCUUGAGUUCUAACACUAUCAGAUUGCACACCUACCGGCAAUUACUUCAUGACUUUUAUAAGCGUCCUAGCAGUUCUCUUCAGGAAGGUCGCUGGAAUAAACACAAAUUAUACGGUUCUGCAGCCAAAGAUUUCAAAUAUGAGCAAAGACUGUCACAACUGGCAGCUAGUGAAAGAGGAGUUCACAUUUCCUGCAAACUCUUCUCCCUUCAAUAGCUGUCACGCCUCUACCAUUGUUGAGGUUGAUAAAGAUCACUUUUUGGUUGCUUAUUUUGGAGGUACAAAAGAGGGAGCACCUGAUGUGAAGAUUUGGAUACAGACAUACAAAGAUGGUUAUUGGCAAUCACCCAUCAUCGUUGAUGAUCAGCUUGAUGUUCCUAUGUGGAACCCUGUGCUAUUCAAACUGGCAUCAGAGGAGUUACUUCUGUUCUAUAAAGUCGGUCAAGAGGUCCAAAAAUGGAGUGGAUGCAUGAAGCGGUCUUAUGACAAAGGUGUUACCUGGUCAAAGAGAGAGCAACUUCCUCCAGGCAUAUUAGGACCGUCAAAGAAUAAGCCAAUCUUGUUGGAAAAUGGGUCCUUGCUCUGUGGAUCAUCUGUAGAAAGUUGGAAUUCUUGGGGUGCAUGGAUGGAGGUGACUGCAGAUGCAGGUAGGUCAUGGAGAAAGCAUGGCCCAAUAUACGUUGAAAAUACAUCUCUUAGUGUGAUUCAGCCAGUACCAUUCCAGACUGCAUAUGGGACAUUUCGUGUUUUAUUGCGUUCGUUUGAUGACAUUGGAAGAGUUUGUAUGUCAGAAUCCUAUGAUGGUGGUGUGACCUGGGGUUAUGCAAAACCCACUGAACUCCCCAACCCAAACUCAGGUAUUGAUGGGGUUAAACUAAAAGAUGGUCAUGUCUUGCUCGCUUACAAUACAAUCUCAAGGGGCGUGCUUAAAGUUGCUGUGUCCAAAGAUGAUGGUGACUCGUGGCAUGAUGUUAUUACACUAGCGGAAGAACUGGAUAUGGAAUUCUCGUAUCCCGCGGUUAUCCAGGCUAGUGACGGUUCUGUUCAUAUCACUUACACUUACAAUAGGACACAAAUUAAGCAUGUGGUCCUUCAACAAAGUUGAUGCUAAAUAGAUUAGUAAGGAAGCUAAGAAGGUAUUUCCUCUACCAGUUUCUAUAGAGUGUAACGAGUUCAUAUUUAAAUGCAUGGACAUGCUUUCCUAUAUGCAUGUUUUCAGUAAUUCAAAGCAUACAAGUAUUUUCCAUGUCUGAAACAAAUUAUGAUCCUUGUUUUCUCAUCUGUUUUCAGUAAUUAUAAUAUUAUAAUAUUUUCAUCAAAAUUGUAAAUCCAUUCUUGUGCUUGCUACUCACCCAACAAGAUUAUGGUACACAAUUUAUGCUUUUUGGUAUUUGUUGGUCCAAUUAGUCACAGCUGCCACUGUCCUUGUGAAACAGUAAUUUGCCGCUUCGCAUAAGUUUGUGCCAUAUAUAUUGUUGUUACCGGUUUAAUUUUGUUAAGAUUUCUAGCAGUAAAAUUUUUGAUGUUUUUCCUUUUCUGUUUUAAACUCAUUUGAUUUAUCAUCCUUAGAAAUGAUGUAAAUAUGACCUAUAUAGUCAUGAUGUAUUCUGGACCUUGGUUACCUGUACCUUCAUGCUCCUGUUGUAUGGUACUUUGUAGGUUAAUCUUCUUUC